GGCGCAUGCGCGGGCACCUGGCGCCUCCCCGCUCCGUCCCCGGUGCGGGGAAGGGGAGCUGCCUCCGGCCGGGGCCGGGGCCGGGGCCGGGGUCCGACCCCGACGGGUGAGCGGAGGCUCCCCAGGCGCGCUAACGUCCACCUCUGCGGCCGCCAGAGGAGCAGAGGCGGCCGCGCUCCGGGUGUGCGGCCCCGUAAGAGAGAACUUGGUUUGGUGACCCACCGCCAACCACAUCCUGUCCCGCCUCAGGAAACAACAGAAAUGAGUAACCGAGAAGAAGCUGAGAUACAAAUUUCAGAACUAGAUUUACUCUCUAGCAUGUUUCCUUAUGAGGAAGAGUUCGUUGUGACUGACCAGCUGGCUGUAGCAGAACUGAAACACUAUGCUGAAAACGAGUCUGCGGAGAUGCCAUCUUCAAAAGUUCAGUUUAUACUGAAUGUAAAGCCAGAGGUCACCAAUGCCUCUAUGGUGGAAUUCUCUAUGGCCUGUGCUUUACCAUUCAAGUAUCCAACUGUUCUACCAGAAAUUACUGUGAGGUCAUCGGCAUUAAGCCGCUCUCAGCAGAUUCACCUGAACUCUGAUCUAAAAACGUAUUUGAUGCAAAACUGCAGUGGUGAGCCCUGCAUGUUGAGUGCAAGGGAAUGGGUUAAAGACCAUGCAGCUGCUUAUGUUGACAAAGAGUGUUCGUCUUCCUCAGUGACAACAUCGAAUGCCAUGCAGUCAGAAGACAAGACGUUCACUCGAUUGUGGAUCUAUAGUCACCACAUUUACAACAAGCAAAAAAGAAAGAAUAUUAUUGACUGGGCCAAGGAGCUUGCUCUGUCAGGGUUUUGCAUGCCAGGGAAACCAGGUGUUGUUUGCGUAGAAGGUCUACAAAGUAGUUGUGAAGAGUUCUGGUCAAGAGUAAGAAGAUUAACGUGGAAAAGAAUUCUCAUUCGGCACAGAGAAGAUGUUUCUUUGGAAGGUGGAGGACAUGCUGAGAUUCAGAAACAAAGAAAGUUCUCCACUUUGGAAGAAAAAUGUUUUGAUGCACAUGGUGCCAGAGGAAAUCAUAUGGAUUUGGGGCAGUUAUAUCAUUUUUUAGAAGAAAAAGGAUGUGCUGACAUUUUUCAAAUGUACUUUGGGGUUGAAGGGCAUUGAAGGGAUUGAAGAUCACCACAGGUCCAAGUGCCUUCAUUUGUAAGUUAAUCCUUGUUACAAAUCCUUAGCUGUUCUGCAGCAGUUGAUUGGAGAGGGAAUUAAUAAUUUGUGAUUUAUAUGAGUCCAGUUUUCAAUGAAAACAAAUAUCCAGUGAAAUCCUGAAUAAUGAAAAUGACUAAAUGAAUGCUUUAUUACACUUUCUGGUUUUAAGUAUAUUUAGGGUAUCUAGCUAACUAAUUACAAUGAAAGCAAAUAUGUUUGAUAACCUACUGGGAAGUUAGAGAAUUAUAGAUGAAUGAAUAGAUGGAAUUAUGGUGAAUGAAUGUGUGAAUAAGAAGAGACAAAAAUGAGGAGUGAAUAUCUCAGGAGAGGAAAUGUGAUGUUUACAUUAUUUGUUACUGUUUACAUACACUACAUGAAGACUUUCUUGUAACAGUCUUUUCUUCUACUUUCUACCUGAAAGUAUAUUAAGUGCUGAGAUUAAUGUUUUAUUUAGAAAAAAAUAAAAAGGGAGGGAGCAAGUUCACAAAAGCCUUCUUCGCACAGACAGGAUGAGCUAGGAUGCCUACUCUGAGGCGUAGGAAUUUUCUGCAGGUAAAAGCGUGUAUGCAGGUAAGAGAGAUACUGUGGUGGCUCCACCAGAUCUAAGUGAGGAGUCUAGUCUGUUUACUCAUGUAAAAGCAGAAGCUUACCAAGGAUUGGUCUGCCUCACAGUGCAGUCCAAACCAGUAGAACAAUCCUCAUCCCACUGAGUCCGCAAGUUGGCAGUCCGCUAAUCUAAGGUGUGUUAUGCUGCGUAUGCUUUUGAGUCCGGUUUCAACAAAUUUGUAUCAAUAAAUGCUAGUUUGUUUUUUUGCUUAUGGGUUCCGUAUGUAGAUGGACACACGUCAUAAAAAGCAGACUUUGGUUGCUUCUGA